GAAAAGCGUGUGGACCCACCCGGACUGCACGGAGACAGAAGUUUCAGUUUUCUUCUCAGAAAGAAUCCAAUCUCUCUGUCUUGUCUGAAACGACUUCCGUCUCCUUCCACCAUUCUUCUCUUUCUUCGUCUUCUUCACUUACGAGUGUCAAACCAGUCAACAGACAGAGAUAGAGAUACAUACUCCUAGUUCCAGAUCUGCGAAGACAUCUUCGAAAAUUUCAUGUAGUACCCUGUUGCACAAUUCUUGUUGAUUUACAUUAUAUUUCUAGCAGAAUGAAGGCUCUUAUUCUAGUUGGAGGAUUUGGAACUCGAUUGAGACCGCUUACGUUCAGCAUGCCAAAACCCCUUGUUGAUUUUGGUAACAAGCCCAUGCUUUUGCAUCAGAUUGAAGCACUAAAAGCUGCUGGUGUUACUGAAGUUGUAUUAGCUAUCAACCACCAACAACCAGAGGUCAUGUUGAAUUUUGUGAAAGAAUAUGAGAAGAAGCUUGAUAUGAAGAUCACCUUCUCUCAAGAAACCGAACCCCUCGGGACAGCAGGGCCUCUCGCUUUGGCUCGGGACAAGCUCAUCGACGAAUCAGGCAAACCCUUCUUUGUGCUGAACAGCGAUGUUAUCUGCGAAUAUCCACUCCUGGAGAUGAUCGAGUUCCACACGAAUCACGGCGCUGAAGCUUCCAUCAUGGUGACCAAAGUAGAUGAUCCUUCAAAGUACGGUGUGGUGGUUAUGGAGGAGGAAGCGAGAGUCGAAAGGUUCGUCGAGAAACCAAAACAUUUUGUGGGGGACAAGAUCAACGCUGGGAUAUACCUCUUGAACCCGUCUGUGCUCGACAGGAUCGAGCUCAGACGGACGUCGAUAGAGAAAGAGAUAUUCCCCAAGAUCGCUUCGGAGAAGAAGCUCUACGCCAUGGUGCUACCAGGUUUCUGGAUGGACAUUGGUCAGCCGAAAGAUUACUUGACAGGGCAGAGAAUGUACCUCAACUAUCUGAGAAAGAAUGCGCCUGGGAAGCUUUUAGUGUCGUCUGGAGAUGACGUGGUGAUCGGGAAUGUUAUGGCGGAUGAAACCGCUGUUAUAGGAGAACGAUGCUUGAUAGGACCUGACGUGGUGAUUGGUGCAGGAUGCGUGAUUGAACCUGGUGUGAGGUUGUUUGGUUGCACUGUGAUGAGAGGUGUGAGGAUCAAGGAGCAUGCUUGUGUGUCUGAUAGUAUCGUGGGGUGGGACUCGACCGUUGGAAGUUGGGCUCGCGUAGCUGACGUGACAGUUCUCGGGAAAGAUGUUCAGGUUGCGGAUGCAGAGGUUUUACAAAUGUCUGCGAAACCAGAGAUCAUACAGAAAGUAUGAUCCUCAUAUGAAAGAAUAAUUAAGAAAACAUUCUGUUUUGAUAUAAAAUCUGUCAUACACAUACUUGAAUCCGAA